UUAUUUAACCCUAUCUAUCAUCUCUUCUUCCCUUCCUGGCAAUCUUUCCAUUUUCGAGUUACUUCUUUGUUGUCUUGUUUCUUGUCUCACUUAGAAACCAAAUACUUAUCAAAAAGAAAGUUGAUUCUUGGAGGAAGAUUCAAUCAACCCAGGUCAGUGGAUUACAAAAGCUAGGGAUCUUUGUUUCUUGACUUCAUUUGUAUCGGGCAGAAGAAUAUGAAUACUCUCGUCCCCCCUGGCUUUCGGUUCCAUCCGACUGAUGAAGAACUUGUUGAUUAUUACCUUAGGAAAAAAGUCACUGCCAGAAGGAUUGACCUAGAUGUAAUUAAAGAUGUGGACCUCUAUAAAAUUGAGCCAUGGGAUCUUCAAGAUCUAUGCAGGAUAGGAACAGAAGAGCAAAAUGACUGGUACUUUUUUAGCCAUAAAGAUAAGAAGUACCCAACUGGAACUAGAACAAAUAGAGCUACUGCAGCUGGAUUUUGGAAAGCAACUGGUAGAGACAAGGCAAUUUAUUCUAAGCACGACUUAAUUGGAAUGAGGAAGACUCUAGUGUUUUACAAAGGCCGAGCUCCAAAUGGGCAAAAGUCAGAUUGGAUCAUGCAUGAGUAUCGCCUUGAAACAGAUGAAAAUGGAGCUCCACAGGAAGAAGGUUGGGUAGUGUGUAGGGUAUUCAAGAAGAGAAUAACUACUGUGCGUAAAAUGAGUGAGAAUGGAUCUCCCUGCUGGUAUGAAGAUCAAGCCUCAUUCAUGGAAGACUUCGAUUCACCCAAGCAAAACUCUCAGCCUAAUAUGGCUUACCAUCUCUCGUAUGCCUGCAAGAAAGAGCUAGAUUUGCAGUACCAAUUUCCCCAUGAACACUUUCUCCAGCUCCCACUUUUAGAGAGCCCAAAAUUACUGCAAACACCUGGAAAUGUCAACUGCAAUCCAAUGGCUGCAUACACUUUUCAGUCCUCAUCGCUUACACAGGAAGAACAUAUCCAGCAACCCCAUGAGCAAAGCUUGCAUCCAAUGUAUGGCAGAGAAAACACCGAGCCGGCAGCGGAUCAAGUCACAGAUUGGCGAGUUCUCGACAAGUUUGUCGCUUCUCAGCUCAGCCAAGAUGAUGUUCCUCAAGAAAAUAACUACUCCAACGGAGGCAAUAGUUGUCAGAUUGAUCUAUGGAAGCAAUAACUUAUUAUUCAUAAUUAUGAUGCAGUAGGAUAUUCAAUGCAGUGGUAAAAGGGGAAGAUAUUAUAAUCUAAAUCUCUGUACAUAAUAAAACUAUAUAAUAUAACUUUUGUUUAACUCUUGAGCUUCUAGCUCUUAUCCUAAUAUAUAAGUUAAUAUCACCAAACUAAAACUGAGUGCUACGCUGCUGUAAGAUGUGAAGUUUGCAGCAUUAUUUGUUGCUUAUAACGGUCUUUUAAGUACCCUAUAUUGUUCUAGCAGCCAUAUGUGCUGUUCAUUAAUGUUCAUGAAAUGGACUUGAAGGUCGAAUUCAUAUAUGUUUGUAUGUUCAAUUUGUUAAUGAAAUAGUAUAUUUACAA